GUGCGAGGGGGCGGGACCGAGUGAUGACGUUACGCCCUCCCAAAAUGACCACGCCCACUUAACCACGCCCACAAACUUGUAUAACACCCGGAGGGCCGCGUGGUUUUUAGGCCGCAAUCAAUCACGUUGCUCCGGGCAGCCCUAAGGAUGCGGCGGGGGCAAGGGAAGCGAAAGGCUGAGGCCACGGAGGUGCCAGGCGUGUCUCGGAGGAGGAAGGAGGAAGAGGAGGCGAUGCAGGAGGCCCGGCGGAGGGCGGCCCCGUCCGUGCGAGAGUUCAAGUACAACAAAAAGCGGGUUCGCCUCGUCUCGCAGGGCUCAGACCUGAAGGAUGAUGCUCGGUGCAUCCUUUACUGGAUGUCUCGGGACCAGCGGGUGCAAGAUAACUGGGCUUUCCUCUAUGCCCAGCGCCUGGCCCUCAAACAGGAGCUGCCUCUGCAUGUCUGCUUCUGCCUGGUGCCCAAAUUCCUGGAUGCCACCAUCCGCCACUAUGGCUUCAUGCUGAAGGGCCUGCGGGAGGUGGCCGAGGAGUGCGCAGAGCUGAACAUCCCCUUCCACUUGCUGCUGGGAUACGCCAAGGAUGUGCUGCCUGCGUUUGUGGUGGAGCGUGGCGUGGGUGGGCUGGUGACAGACUUCUGCCCCCUCCGCCUCCCCCGGCAGUGGGUGGAGGACGUCAAGGAGCGGUUGCCAGAGGAUGUGCCGUUUGCUCAGGUUGAUGCCCACAACAUCGUGCCCUGCUGGGUUGCCUCCCCCAAGCAGGAGUACAGCGCCAGGACUAUCCGGGGCAAGAUCCAUGCUCAGCUCCCCGAGUUCCUCACCGAAUUCCCCCCUGUCAUUCGUCACCCGUACUCCCCAUCCAGCCCAACAGAGCCCAUUGCUUGGGAGGCCUGUUAUUCCAGCUUGCAGGUGGACCGCACCGUGAAGGAGGUGGAGUGGGCGACCCCCGGCACGGCUGCGGGGCUGGCUGUGCUGCAGUCCUUCAUCGCCGAGCGCCUGAAAUCCUUCGGCUCCCACCGGAACGACCCCAACAAGGCAGCGCUCAGCAACCUGUCCCCGUGGUUCCAUUUCGGCCAGGUUUCCACCCAACGAGCCAUCCUGGAGGUGCAGAAGCACCGGGCCAAGUACAAGGAGUCGGUGGACGCGUUUGUGGAGGAGGCUGUGGUGCGACGGGAGCUGGCUGAAAACUUUUGCUACUACAACGAGAACUACGACAGCGUGCAAGGUGCCUACGACUGGGCACAAACCACCCUGAAGCUCCACGCCAAAGACAAGAGACCUUUUCUCUACAAGCUGCAGGAGCUGGAGCAGGGGACCACGCAUGACCCACUCUGGAACGCUGCCCAGCUCCAAAUGGUCCGGGAAGGCAAGAUGCAUGGCUUCCUGCGGAUGUACUGGGCCAAGAAGAUCCUGGAGUGGACCCGCUCUCCCGAGGAGGCCCUCCAGUUUGCCAUCUACCUCAACGACCGCUACGAGCUGGACGGGAGGGACCCCAACGGAUACGUAGGCUGCCUCUGGUCCAUCUGUGGCAUACACGACCAAGGCUGGGCAGAGAGGGCCAUCUUCGGGAAGAUCCGCUACAUGAACUACGCCGGCUGCAAGCGCAAGUUCGACGUGGCCCAGUUCGAGCGUCGCUACGCCCCCCGCACGCUCUCCCAGUGACAGGCACAGCGUCCUUCAGCCUGCUCCUGCCCCUCCAUGUGGGGACAGACGUGCCUUUGCCAAGGUGCCCCAGCCAGGGAUCACCCCAGGUACUGGGGGGCGCUCACUGUAACAGCGGCGAGCCAUGGGGUUUUGCAGGUCUUUCCUCUGCCAUCACCCCCUGCUCAAGUUGCUGGGCUGGGGCUGCUGUUGGAGCCCCUCCUGCUACUACAGGUUUGCUGGAAGCUGCAAGAGCUCCUCCUCAGCGUGAAACCAGAAACCUUUUGUACAACCACUGUGCUCAGGAGGAAGCCCAAGUGAUGGUUGUUGCUGCUAACCACAGCUUAGAUUUAGGCUGAGCAUGGCUUUUCCCAGAAAAAGCCCCCAGAAACUGGUUCCUCAGGCUGUGCUGCCCCCAGGGAAGCCCUGCUUUGCUCCAUGUGGAGCUGGCACUGGGCUGGGCUCGUACGUGCUUCCUUCAACAGUUUGUUUUAAAGUUUACAGUUUGUA